GCCGGGCACUUCCCCUUUCCGCAGUGGAGGCUGAGGUCCCGGCCAGGGCAGGUCGGUCUUGUUGUUGGAGGAUCUCCUGUCGGGGGAGGGGACACCCAGGGCCAAGCAUGGAUCAGGAGGCCGUGGGCAGCGUGGUUCUCCUGGUCAUCGUCACCCUCAUCAGCGUGGUCCAGAACGCGUUCUUUGCCCACAAGGUGGAGCAUGAGAGCAGGACCCACAAUGGCAGAAGCUUCCAGAGGACCGGGACGCUGGCCUUCGAACGCGUCUACACAGCCAAUCAGAACUGCGUGGAUGCGUACCCCACUUUCCUCGUGGUGCUCUGGACGGCAGGACUGCUCUGCAGCCAAGUCCCCGCCGCCUUCGCUGGACUCAUGUACCUGUUCGUGAGACAGAAGUACUUUGUGGGCUACUUGGGUGAGAGGACGCAGAGCACCCCAGGCUACAUUUUCGGGAAGCGGAUCAUCGCCUUCCUGUCCCUCAUGUCCUUGGCCGGCGUCCUCAACCAUUUCCUCGUCUCCUUCCUCGGGAGCGACUUCCAGGACUACAUCCGAACCGUGACCACCACCGUGUCCCCGCUGCUGCUCAUCCCCUGACGGGGACGGGGAGGACGGGGAUGGGGAGAGGACAGGGAUGGAGAGAGGAUGGAGAGGACAGAGAUGGAUAGAGGCCAGGGAUGGGGGAGGAUGGAGACGGAGAGAGGACGGGGAGGCUGUGGUCCAGGAUCCAUCCAUCCUGGUCCAGGGUCCAUCCAUCCUGGUCCAGGAUCCAUCCAUCCAUCCAUCCAUCCAUCAUCAUCAUCAUCAUCAUCCAUCAUCAUCCAUCCAUUUAUCAUCAUCCAUCAUUAUCAUCCAUCAUCCAUCCACCCAUCAUCCAUCCAUCCAUUAUCAUCCAUCCACUUAUCGUCAUCCAUCAUCAUCAUCCAUCCAUCCAUCAUCCAUCAUCAUCAUCAUCCGUCAUCAUCAUCAAUCAUCAUCAUCCAUCAUCCAUCCAUCAUCAUCUUCCAUCAUCAUCCAUCAUCAUCAUCCACCAUCCAUCCAUCCAUCAUCAUCCACCCAUCCAUUAUCAUCCAUCAUCAUCCAUCCAUCCAUCCAUCCAUCCCCAGGCCCCUCCCGCCCCUCUCCCUGCCUGUCCCCCUCACACGCACGUGUCACCCCGAAAAUAAAGGUCACAGGCGAAGUCCUGGCUGACGUUUCUGAC